GGUUUUAAGGGAGGUGGCGCCUAGAGGGCACAGCGGGAGGGCGGAGUCUAGGCUGAUAAAGGGCUCAAAGUUGGUGCUGUCGGGUGAGCCAAGGGGGUGGGUGCAGGGCGAGGAGUGGCUGGAGAGCCAGAGACAGGGUUUCGGCAACUCUAUUUGGCCUUUGUGGGUGGGCGUUUCUCCAACGCGUAGUCACGCCCUCACCUGACCAGAUCCGGGAAUUUCCAGUUCCUCACCCUGGCCUUUGAGGGAAAAUGAAAGUGAAAGGGGGAGGAAGAGCCUUGGUAGGAGAGAUCGCAGCACCAUGAAGCCUCUGCUCCUGCUCGUCGCUGUGGCACUGGGCCUGGCGACCGUCGUCUCGGCUGGACCAGAGACGAUCGAGUGCUGGUUCGUGGAGGAUGCAGGUGGAGGUGGCCUGUCUAAGAAACCUGCCACAUUGCUACUGCGCCAUGGACCCAGAGGACCGCCGCCCCGGCCAGAUCUUGACCCGAAGCUGUAUUUCAAGGUGGAUGACCCGGCGGGAAUGCUCCUGGCUGCCUUCAGGCGGUACCCCGCAGGCGCCUCCGCCCCACACUGCGAGAUGAGCCGCUUCAUCCCGUUCCCCGCCUCGGCGAAGUGGGCUAGAAGUCUGAGUCCGCAGCAGAACUGCCCGCGGGCCCUGGACGGGGAUUGGCUGCUGGUCAGUGUAUCCAGCAAAGUCUUCAGCCUCUCCAGCCUGCUGCGACUGCAGCCGGAGCCUCAGCGGGAGCCUGUCUUCAUCACCAUGGCAACAGUGGUGCUGACCGUCCUCACCCAUAACCCCGCCCCUCGCAUCCCUCUGGGAAAGGAUGCAGUGCUGGAUCUGCGCUUCGCCUACGCACCCUCCACCCUGGAAGGUUCUUCCUCUCUGGACGCAGGCCCUCCUCCCUUUGGGCUGGAGUGGCGACGCCAGCACAGGGGAAAGGGUCACCUGCUGCUGGCUGCCACCCCUGGGCUCGCCGAGAGAAUGCCACCAGCCCAGGAAAAGGCUACGGCAUUUGUAGCUUGGGAUGAUGAUGAGCCCUGGGGCCCGUGGACUGGCAACGGGACCUUCUGGCUUCCAGCUGUGAAGCCUUCUCAGGAGGGCGUCUACCUGGCUACUGUACACCUGCCCUACCUGCAAGGACAGGUCUCCCUGGAGCUGACAGUGCACAAGCCCCCCAGAGUGUCUCUAACACCAGCACCCGUUGUGUGGGCUGCCCCAGGAGAGGCACCCCCAGAACUGCUCUGUCUUGCAUCCCACUUCUUCCCUGCGGAGGGUCUGGAGGUCAAGUGGGAGCUCAGAGGUGGCCCAGGAGGAAGUUCUAGAAAGGCUGAGGGGAAGACGUGGCUCUCCACUGUCCGCCACCAUUCUGAUGGCUCUGUCAGCCAGUCUGGGCACCUGCAGCUCCCGCCAGUCACUGCCAAGCAACAUGGAGUUCGUUAUGUCUGUCGGGUGCACCACUCUAGCCUGCCAGCAUCGGGUCGCAGUGCUGACGUCACCCUGGAGGUGGCAGGCUUCUCGGGGCCCUCCAUCGAGGACAGCAUCGGCCUGUUCCUGUCUGCUUUUCUCCUUCUGGGACUCCUCAAGGCGCUAGGCUGGCUGGCUGCCUACCGGACCAUUCCUGAAGUCUCAAAGGAGAAGGCCACAGCUGCCAGCCUGACCAUUGCCAGGAACUCAAAGAAGUCACAGUAAAGAAGUUCUUGUCUGUGGAAGCCACCCUCAUCUCUGGCCCAAAUGACUGCAGGAGCUCCCGCCCCAGAACAACAGCCCUCUCCUCUCUUCUCCUCCAUUGAAUAGCUUAGAUUUUUUUUUUUAAAAAAAGGUUUUUUUGUUUGUUUUAAUCUUUAUUGUUUUGUUCUUGUUUUUAGACAAGGUCUUUCUAUGUAGUCUUGGUUGGCUGUCCUGGACUGUCACCAAGGCAACCAGGGGCUGGCCUUGAGGUCCCAGAGAUCCACCUGACUCUCUGCCUCUGGAAUGACAGAGGACACUGGACACUAUGCCUAGAGGCCUUUUUUUUUUUUUUUUUAAAAGGCAAAUCUAGCAUUCUUAACGUUCCAAGGCAGUGGUUCUCAAAAAGUUUGUUUCCAAUACAUCUUUAAAAUGACCAAGAAGCCCAGCGCGUUUUUUGUUACUGGAAUCGAACUAAACUUUUAAGAUGACAAAAAAGCGAGGCUUAGCGUCACACUCAUUUGAUGCCCACAGUCGGGCGGCAAAGGCAGUGGAUCUCUGGGAUUUCCAUGCCAGCCUGAUCUACAAAUAGGGAGUUUCAGGUCAGUCGGGGUUACUGGGCGGGCCUUUGUUGAGAGAACUAAAUAUACGAACACACAUGCACAGAGGCCCAGGGCAGAGAAGAACCACUGUAUGCGCUAGAGAGGCGGGUUCCUAACCUGUAGUCACGACCCCCGUUCAGUCCAUCGGAAAUACCAGACGUCUACAUUAGGAUUCACAACAGCAGCAAAGGCGGUUACGAAGUAGCAACGAAGAUAAUUUUACAACUUGAGCUGCGUUAAUAUUCAUUAAGGUUGAGAACCACUGGCCGGGGAUCACGACGAAAGGUCUUCAGAGCCUCUUAAGGCUCUAGGGACCUCGGCACAGCCCACAGCAGGGGUCCAGAGACGAAGGGGCCAUGUGUCUCCCUCGCGGACUAAAGCCCGCCUCUCCAGCCCUCCAUUCCUACCACAGCGUCUCCUUUGCCUGGUCCACCUUCGCCACCUCCGGCCCCGGCCCCUCACGAGUGUCCCCCGUGCGGGCCGUCCUCGCCAGUCCGCCGGUCCUCGUGAGCCAAUAAAGUCUUGUCGAGUUUCCAUGCGGGCCUCUCAUUCUCCUGUCUCCAAGCAGAGCCAAGCUCUCGG